AUGAACAUGUCUUCCGAGGACGGCCGCGCAGCAGAGCUUCAAGCCCUUGUUCACACACUUACUCUACUCCAGCGCAGCGAUCUUUCCUCAGUCGCUGCCCUUACAUGGCUUGUUUACGAUAUAUCUAUCACGCUUGAGCAAGAGGUUGACUUCAUUUGGAGAGCAAGGUGGUCACUCCCAAAAUUUCUUUACAUAGCAGCAAGAUACUAUGGACUGUUCAACUUAGCAUUUUACAUUCAUGUGUCCCUCAGCUUGACAGUGUCUGAAAACUUCAGUGUGCAUCUUCAUUCGAUCAGCUGUAAGCCGUGGGUAUGGUUUAAUGCCUUCAGCAACUCGGUAUUCUUCACAACUACGGUCAAUCUCCUUUUUGUAAUCCGGAUCCACGCUAUCUACGAGAAGAAAAGAAUAAUGUUGGCUUUUUUGUUGUUUUUGUUCUUUGCGGAAUUCAUUAUUGAAGUAGUUUGCACGACAUUGAUCGUCCGAUCUGUCACGGUGGAGGAGAGGCCAUCUGGACUGCCUAUUCGUGGAUGUACAAGUACAAGCGCACCAGAUUGGACUCUGGCCGCAUGGAUUCCAUGUCUCAUCGUUGCUUGUAUAUUUUAUGUCCUCACCACAUACAAGCUGGCCAAAAACCUGGGUAUCAAGAAUUGGGUUAACCUCAAACUAAUUUUCUCUCGCCUGCAUGCAUAUCCCAUUAUGGAUAUCUUCUACAGGGAUGGCAGCAUAUUCUUUGGACUGAUUUUCGUCGUCAUUCUCUUGAACACAGUAUUCAAUGUACUGGGAGGUGCAUAUAUCGACAUCGGAGCGCCUUGGCUUUCUGCAUCGUAUUCUAUAGCUGGAUCUCGACUGGUUCUGAAUCUGAGGACAAUGACUUCAAUACCGGACUCCAAGCUCAAUAUGCGCAGUUUCUCAGCCGAGGGGACUUUCAGAGCUGCGUCGAAUGUAACUGCACCCGAUGAUCUUGACAGGGAUUCAAUUCCCCUGCAACCUCGGCAGGGGUGGGGCACGUCAGGUACAAGCCAUGAAGUAUAG